AUGAAAGGCAGCUGGAGGAAAGAUGAGGAUGAUUUGGUUGUUGAAGUUUGUUCUUUUCCGCUAAUCUAUUCAGAUACAAAUGGUUUGAAAACUUAUACCCCUGCAAAGGUCUUACCAGUUUAUGUUGUAGGUUACAAAAUCAAAAAAACCAUCACCGGAAUAAAAUCAGCAGAAAAUAAUCAAUUCGAUCAAGAAGAAUCAAAUGAUAAAAAUGAUAAAUCUCCACCACAUCAAUUUUACUUGGAUGAAUCGGAUUAUUAUUAUCCUACUGAAGCAACAAAUGAUGGAACUUAUUACUGA